AUGGGAAGAUGUAACAGGGAUGGGAAAGCUAGGGACAGGGAGCAGAUUCUGCGUGUGAAGAACGACGACAACAUCCCGUUCCUCCUCGUCGGAAACAAAGCCGACCUUGAAGACAAGCGACAGGUGACCGUGGAAGAAGCUCAACAGAGGGCAGCACAGUGGAACGUGCCCUACGUCGAAACGUCGGCGAAGACGCGAGCGAACGUCGACAAGGUGUUUUUCGACCUGAUGUGGGAGAUCCGAUCGCGCAAGAUGGAAGAUGCGAAACAGCAGAACGGCAAGAAGAAGAAGGACAAGCGGAAGAAGAAGUGCGUCAUCCUCUGAUCAUCAUCAUCGUCAUCAUCGUCAUCGUCCGCGCCGCUCGUCGAGUUUUCUUACGACACGAGGACGCGGCGACGGAUGCGCGCGUGUAAUGGUACAAUGUGCCGAAGGUUCUGCUGUAAAUGUAACAGUAGUGUAGUGCGGCGGGCGGGGGGAGAGACACCCUCGCCUGUGACAGCGCAGCAUUGUAUGCAGGGUGGCAGCUACGCCUGUAACUACGGUGUGUGCAGAGUUACAGCUACGCCAUGUAACUACGGUGUGUGCAGAGUUACAGCUACGCAUGUACAC